AUGGGCCGCAGCCGCUCCCGGUCGCCGCCGCCGCGACGCGAGCGGCGCCGCUCGCGCUCGGCCUCGCGGGAGCGGGAGCGCCGGCGCCGGGACAGGUCGCGCUCCCGCGAGCGGGACCGCAGGAGGAGCCGCUCGCGCUCCCCGCACCGGCGCCGCUCCAGGUCCCCCCGGCGGCACCGCUCCAGCUCGUCCUCCCCGCCGCGCCUCAAGGAGCGGCGGGACGAGGAGAAGAAGGAGCUCAAGGACGCCAAGGGCAAGGAGCGGCAGAUCACGGAGGAGGACUUGCAGGGCAAGACGGAGGAGGAGAUCGAGAUGAUGAAGAUGAUGGGCUUCGCCUCCUUCGACACGACCAAGGGGAAGAAGGUGGACGGCGCUGCGAACGCUUACGCCAUCAACGUGUCGCAGAAGAGAAAAUAUAGGCAGUACAUGAACAGAAAAGGAGGAUUCAACAGACCCUUGGAUUUCAUUGCGUGAUGCCUGUGUGGCCGGUCGCCCGUGGGGAAGGACUUCUGCUCCACCAGGGAAGAGCACUUGUUUCCACACGUGCUGGUAGCUCAGAGGCAGGAGAUGCUUUGCUGCCUAAAAUGCAGUCGGGUUAUUUAUAACAAAUCCAGAUGUGCUUGCUCUGGCCUAUAGGAAGAGAGGGUAAAAAUAGUUGUUUCUUAGCAUCUUCGGUUCGUUCCGUGUCAGGGUUACCUGAUGGUUGUAUUUUUCUUGUUGUCUGUCUUUUUUUUUU